GAAAUCUUUUAGAAGAGCCGGAGGGAUUCAACGGGGAAAAACUGAGUUGACAUUUUUCUAAAAACUUUGGAGCUAUUUGCAGAGGCCAAGUGAAACAUCAUGUCGUCAACAGCAUCGCUCGACGGCAGCUAUGAGGAUAGCCUGGCCAACGAGAAAUCAGACUUGGUGUCCACCCAGCAGUACAAGGAUCAAUCUCUCCAAUGGAUCGACAAGUACGAAACCGAUAUGAUGGAGAACAGCAACUAUACCGAACCAAGACACGUCGUUAAAGCAUUCGUCGAACUCGGUCUGGACCGUCAGUCCCGCAUUUUGGAUAUCUUGGCCGGCUCUGGAGUCGUCGCUGAAAUGUUACGUCCUUGUGGCUACACCAACAUUGACGCUAUCGACGCCAGCAAAGAGAUGUUGGCGCUGGCCAACAAGAAACAACUUUACAAAAAGUUCUACGUUUCGCUGUUGGGAGGGCAGCACAAAGCGCCCGUCCAUGACGAGACGUACGAUGCCAUUAUCGCUAGCGGAACAUUCGCCCCGGGACAUUUGAAUUCUGACGCUUUUGGUGACCUUAUUCGCAUCGCAAAACCAGGCGCAAUUAUCACGUGGAGCAUGCGAUCCGAUUACGGGUCGUCGGCUCCCAAGUUCGCCCAUUUCGACGCCGAGGUGGAGGAUUUAGUGAAAAACGGCGUCUGGCGCCACCACGUCCCGCGCAGAACCAUCGAGCCUUACCUGCUAGGAUCCGACGGCUAUAUCUAUACAAUGAAGAAAAUUUAGAUGCAAAUAAUAAUUACCUCUUCUUCAAUUACGUCUCAACUUUGUUUAUUUUGUGUGAUAACAAACCGAAUCAUACAAACACAGGGUAGUCGUUCAACCAGUC